UUUGAGUGAAGAAAAUUUUGAAGAGUCUUAUUCAUAAAACAUAAAAUUCUUAGCUAUUGUGGGGGGUGAAGUCAAGUCUCUAGGUUCAUCAUUUUCUAUCCAAUUCCUUCUUUGUGGAGAUUGUUGACGCCAUGUCCACAGAGGAUGAAGAAAGAUUGGGAUCAAAUGGAUGGCCACUGGGACUUGAGAUUAUGAAUUUGAGGCUACACACUGCUCCAGCGGCACAGAAUCACUCUCUUCACAUGCACUCCACCAGUUUCUCUUCAAUCUUAUCCUCCAACCUUGACACUGGGUCAACGGCGUCGUUUUUCCAAGACAAUAGCGUGUCGUUGGGGCGGUUGAUUGGAUUUAAAGCAGGAGAUGGAGGAGGCUUGUACUUGCCUGACAGUAUCCAUUUUAAUGAAGAAGAGAGGAUGUCUGCAGUCUCUAGAGGAGGAGGAGGAGGUAGCAUGGAUAUGUCUCAGGGGAUUUGUAUUCCUAGAUUGUUUGGUAAUCUGGUUCAGAUAAGCAGAAAAAGUAGCAGAACAAGACACUGAUGGAGGCAUUGUAGGAGAAUAAACUCCAAUUUUAUGAUCAGUGACAGUUGAUUCAUUAUUGUAACUUGAACACUUCAUUUUUCUGCUCAAAUAAUUUGGAAUUGGAGUACUAUUAAUACAAUCUUUAUACCAAAAA